AUGUCAGAGGCCAAACCAAAGGUUCUCCUGUUCGAUAUUGGUGGUGUUUGUGUCGUCUCACCUUUUCAAGCUAUCCUCGACUACGAGUUAAGCCUAGGAAUCCCCCCAGGAUGGGUCAACUACUCGAUAUCCAGGACCGCGCCCAACGGCUUUUGGCAUCAGCUGGAGAAAGGUGAAAUACCGAUGGAUGAGUCUUUCUUCCAAGGGUUUAGCCAAGAUCUUCAUGACAAAACGAGAUGGGAAACUUUUUACCAGAGAGAGCAAAGCAAAGAUCCUAACCUAGCAGAGGAAAUGCCCCCGGUGCCUUCUAUCGACGCAGAAUUUUUAUUCAACCAGAUGAUGACUGUCUCUAACAGUCCUGAUCCCUGGAUGUUCCCAGCAUUGAAGAAGCUAAAGGAGAAUGGGCAGUUCAUUCUGGCCGCCUUAAGCAACACCGUCAUAUUCCCACCCGGCCAUAAGCUCUACCUUGACCACUUCUUCGACGAACCUGUGCGACAAAUUUUUGAUGUUUUUGUCUCCUCGGCUCAUGUUGGUAUUCGAAAGCCAGAUCCUGCCAUGUAUCAACUUGCUUUGACUCGAGUCGACGAGUUUGCCAAAAGCAAUGCUCAGUCGGCUCGUGGGAAAGGUCUAAACUGGGAGUCUGGCGUCAAGCCUGAAGAGGUGGUUUUUCUGGACGAUAUUGGUGAGAAUCUUAAGGCAGCGCGGAAACAAGGGUUGCGAACGAUCAAGGUGAACCUUGGUAGGGCCUUUGAGGCCGUUGAUGAACUUGAGCAAGUUGCUGGGUUGAAGCUCGCUGGUGAUCAUCCUAGGAUACCUGUUGAGCCAAAGGUUCAUAAAGUAAAGGCAAAGAUGUAA